CAUUAAUAUCUCAUAUCUUCUAAUAUUUCGAGGCGUUCCUAUUGUCACCUCUCUCUCUCUGUGCACGAGAAAAACCCUUUAAUCUAGGGUUAGGGUUUUUGCACAUAUCCAAUUUCAGGCAAUUUAUCAAUCUUUAGGGUUACUUUAUAUACAAAUAAAUUUCUUGAAUUGGGUAUUAAAGUCUACGCUUUGUGGUUUGCUUUCGUGGGAUCUGGAUCUGUGGUAGCUUGUAUAGUAAAUCCAUGAUGGAUAUAAGAAAAAGAGGGAGAAACGACUUCAAUGUUAAUGGUGGAUUUAAGAAGUCCAGAAAAGAAAUGGACUCCUUUUCAACUGGUGUAGGAAGCAAAUCGAAGCCAUGCACCAAGUUUUUCAGUACGGCUGGCUGUCCGUUUGGUGAGAGCUGCCAUUUUCUGCACUAUGUCCCUGGUGGCUAUAAUGCUGUGGCUCAGAUGAUGAAUCUGGGGCCAGCUGUGACUUCAAUUCCUAGAAACAUGCCAGCCCCUUCACCGGCCAUUCCUAAUGGCUCUGCUCCAUCAGCAGUUAAGAGCCGCUUGUGCAACAAAUAUAACACUGCUGAAGGCUGCAAGUUUGGUGACAAAUGUAAUUUUGCACAUGGCGAGUGGGAACUUGGUAAGCCCGUCGUACCAUCCCAUGAUGAUCCACGCGCCUUUGGGACUAUUCCAGGCCGAAUGGGUGGUCGGAUGGAACCACCUCCACCUGGCUCUGCUGCUAGCUUUGGUGCCUCGGCCACUGCAAAAAUCAGUGUGGAAGCUUCACUUGCUGGAGCCAUCAUUGGGAAGGGUGGUGUGAAUUCCAAGCAGAUAUGCCGCCAAACAGGAGCUAAGUUAUCCAUUCGGGAGCAUGAGACAGAUCCCAAUGUCAGGAACAUUGAAUUUGAGGGAUCGUUUGAACAAAUUAAGCAAGCUAGUGCCAUGGUUUCAGAGCUAAUUGCCAGUAUAAGUUCAGCGAAUGCCUCAGCAAAAGCCACUGGACUGAUUGGGGGCCAUGGUCAUCCAGGAAGCAACUUCAAAACAAAGUUAUGUGAAAAUUUCUCGAAAGGGUCUUGCACCUUUGGUCAGAGAUGCCACUUUGCUCAUGGAGCUGCUGAAUUACGCAAGUCAGGGGUGUGACUGAAUGGUUCAUUUCUUGUAGUUCGUUGAUUGCAGAAGCUGUUGUGCAAUCUUGUAAUGGUGAGAGCUCCAUUUUAGCUGCUGCCUGUGCAAUCCUCUACCGAGUGACAGUAACAGUGACUUUGAUAUCUGAAGUUUUGAGUCUUUUCUCUUCUUUGGAUAGCCUUAGUGAUACUUUUUUCAAUUCUGAAUUAGAUUUCAUAGUCUUUUAUUAAUUUGUCAAUAUUCGACAUGGUUUUUAUGUGAUUGUUUUGUUUGAAGUCAUAAAAAAAAUUCUGCAGUUAAGAGUC